CUUCGAAUGUGCCUCCGAUUUGGGUCGACUUGGCCCUCCUCCGCAAAACUUGGGGCCGCUGGGACACAGGCUCGAGGGAGACCUGGCCUUUCCUCGCCGCGCGAGAAGCUUCAGGCGGCGGCGGCGGCGGCUCAGGUCUUGCUGAUAAGGGGACACGACAGCGUACUCCCGAGAGUACGUUUGCGUCCUCCGGUAGCGGGAAGAGGCAGGCGCCACCGGGAUCCCCUUCCCCUGCCUCCCUUACCGCCGCCUCUUUUCUUGGAGGGGAGGAAAAGAAAGGAAAGCCGAGCAGGACAAGUAGCCAGCGCUCGGCUUCUUCUCCAAUCCCAUUCAUCGCCUUUCCAGUGAUCCUCACGGCCCGCAGCUAGCUCCACCGUCGUACUACCGGGAGGGGGAGAUCAGACUGUGAGAUGGCUUCGCCGGAGCCAUCCGCUGGCGGCGAUGCGGCCAGCCAGAGUGCUGCGGUGCAGCCGCUCCAGCUGCCAACGCCGGAGGAGAUCAAGGGGCAGGAGAUGAUGAACAACUGCGCCGUCCGGAGCGUCCUCAGUGGAGUCAUGGGUGGUGGUCUUGGUGUACUUAUGGGACUGUUUUUUGGAGCUUUGGAAAAUCCGAUAAUGUCAGAGGAGAUGACAGCAAGGCAACAAAUAGUCUACCAGGCAAAACAGAUGGGUAGGAAAAGUAUGAGCCAUGCUAAGACCUUUGCAGUGAUGGGCUUGAUUUUCUCUGCAGCUGAAUGCGUCGUAGAGAAGGCUCGGGCAAAGCAUGACAUUACCAAUUCGGCAGUAGCUGGCUGUGUCACAGGAGGGGCUUUAGCCGCAAAAGGUGGCCCUCAAGCUACAUGUAUCGGGUGCGUGGGUUUUGGUGCCUUCUCUGUGGCGAUUGAGAAGUUCAUGGAACGGCAUACUUGAAUCGGCGAUGGAAACGCUGCAUCCUAUAAAUCAAGUGGUGCGUCUUUGUAGCAAAUCAUUAGCAGGAUUCAGCAUUGGCCGAAGAAGUUUUGGUUAUCUUGCAAUAUUCAGUCGUUGGCAUGUACCCAGAGGUGGGGUAGCCUAAAUUUUUGAAGUCUUGCGGCUAUCCAUAGCACUGAGUAGCUAAAUUAGUCUGUAGCCAGUUUGAUGCCAUGUACCCAGAGAUGGGGUAUAUACGCAUUUUCGCUGAUGCGAUCUCGCGCCAUGUUAUCUGUGCUGAUGUUUGAAUGAUUUCAGAGAAGUCUAUUUUACUUUUCAUACUUGUGCGUGGCAAUGACUUGAAACCUGCUCUGGUCUUGUACCUGUUAGGCUGACAAAGUAAUAAUAGCAUUACUAAGUUCUCUAUA